UGCAAACAUGAGUGCUGGAGGAGGAACUCCUUAUAUUGGCAGUAAAAUAAGUUUGAUUUCCAAGGCACAGAUUCGUUAUGAGGGAAUUCUGUCUUCUGUGGACACAGACCGGUCGACGGUGGCUUUGGCUAAAGUUAAAUCUUAUGGCACAGAGGACCGGCACACAGACAGACCAGUUCCACCCAAAGAGGAAAUUUAUGAAUAUGUCAUCUUCAGAGGAAGUGACAUCAAAGAUAUUACUGUGUCUGAGCCUCCAAAGCCACACCAUGGUCUGCCUCGAGACCCUGCUAUUGUUCAGUCAUCCAUUGGCAGCUCCUCUGCUGGGUAUCACCCACGCUGGAGUCCAUACAGGGACAUGAUGCCCACCUACAACCAGCUGGCUGCUAGUUCUCUGCUCAACCAGCAGUACAAUGCAGCACUGGGCCUAGUGCCAGGACUUCACGGCCCAACCAGAAGAGCCCCCAUGGUGGAGCAGGCUGUCCAGACAGUGCCUUUGGCCAGUGCUGCACAGAAAAAGGGCAAGACUUCAACCCAGCCACAGAGCAGACAGCCUGGCCGUCCAACCCAGCGCUCUGGUCGAGAUGGCUCCCAGGUUCAGAAGGAGAAUGCACCCACCAGUGAGCAGACUUUACAGCAGACUUUUAUUUAUGCUUUUAAUCUCAAUAAAAUAAGAAGCAUCUCAUCACAUUUAACUUGUGUUUUAGGUAGGGCGUCAUCCCAGCCAAGUGCAGCCAAGACUCAAGGCCAAGGCACUGAAAACCAGAAACAAAGGCAAAAACAAGGCAGUCGCAGGUCCAGGAACCGAAGAAGAGGCCAACUUCUUGUGAAAAACCCCAAGGCUACAACUUUGGAGUUCGAGUCAGACUUUGACUUUGAAACCGCAAAUGCUCAGUUCAAAGAUGAUCUUACAAAGGAGGUUGUCGUGGAGAAAGUUGAUUCUGGGGAGGCCCAGGACAGCCAGGAGGAGGAGACUCUAGGAGAGAAGUACUAUGACAAGACCAAAUGCUUCUUUGACAACAUCUCAUCAGAUCUUAAACCCAGGAGAACUACCUGGGCAGAGGAGAAAAAAUUGAACAUUGAAACAUUUGGAGUUCCUGGUCGCUUCCUGAGAGGCAGAGGAUUCAGAGGCCGCGGACGCAAAGGACCGAGCGCCACCGAGCAGCGAGCCCUCCCAAAGGUUGGCAGUGGGAGGGUGUAAAGGCUUUUCUUUUUGUUAACACUACUGUAAAUAUUGUAGUUUUCUACUUAUUUAAAAAAGUACCUCCCUGUUCUCCCCCAUUUUGAAGCACUUGAAGUGACGAUGUGUUUUUGUUUAGUUUUUUUCCUUCAUCCCAAAUGUGCAUUGAGGGAAUGUUGUACUUUGGAUCCUUUAUAUGAAAUGGGAGAGCGAUUUCUUUUAAAGCCAGCAGCUGUGCAUAAAUGUAUUCAUUGUUAGUUUGGAAGCAUGCAGUGCUGAAAUUUGUCUUUUGAAUAGACUAGUAGGCAUGCCUUUCUUUUUUUUUUUGUUUUUUUUUUUUUGUUCUGCUAAAUGUCUGAAUGUAUUAACUUAUGACUGCUCGACUGUACAAAUGUGACUCCAAAGAGGUCGUGAAAGGCCCUCUUUUCAAAAUUGAAUAGUAAGACCGCAGUGCUUUUUGUUUUGAUUUUUUUUCCCUAUUUGUAAAAUGAAAACUGUGGAAAAAAACAUGUGUAACAGUUGCUAUUAAAUAAUAUGAUAAACGGA